GGGACGUCCGUGUGUACUCGUUGUUUUGGCUCGGCGGCCAAUCAGGGGUCGAGUUCGGGUUUGUUGUCGGUGGUGAUGACAUGAAAAUAUUUGUUGUUACUGGAAGGAGAGCGAGGCGAGAGCGUGCAGGAAGGGCCUGGCAGGGACGCUCGCUAUUCACGAUCGUUUACGCGUCGCACGGGUAAAGAGCAAGACGGGAGUCGCGGAGCACCGAAUAGCGGCGAUGUCGGUGAAUAUGGACGAGCUGAGACAUCAAGUGAUGAUUAACCAGUUUGUUUUGACUGCGGGCUGCGCGGCUGAUCAGGCGAAGCAGCUGCUGCAGGCGGCGCACUGGCAGUUUGAGACGGCUCUGAGCUCUUUUUUCCAGGAGGCCAACAUCCCCAGUCAUCACCAGAUGAUGUGUACUCCACGCAACACUCCAGCCACUCCACCGAACUUCCCCGACGCCAUCACCAUGUUCUCCAAGCUGCGGACGUCUGAAUGUUCGGGCACCGGUGGAUCCUCCGCUCAGGUGUCCAUGGCGUGCUCCCCACCCCCACACUCCUCGGCACAGGGAUUCGGCUCUUUCUGGGCAGCGUCACCCCCCAGUCACCAGCCGGUUUGGCUGCCUCCGUCCUCUCCCACGGGUCAUCACGCGCUUCAUCAUCAUCACCAUCACAUGCACCAGCCACCCACGUGGCCGCCCGUCUCCCAGCCCACCAACGCCCAGCAGACCCCCGUCUUUUCAGCCCUGCAUGGCCAGAGAUGAGACUCGACGGUGGGAAGGCCGGAGGGAUAAAUUAGGGUGUUGUGGAAAGGACAUGGUACUCUUUGAUUCGGUUUUCUAAAUGAACGAUUGCAAGAUCUUUUGUUCUUUUUAUCUAUUGUCGAUCUCAAUUCUGUUCAAACCUGGGAAGAACCACUAAAAAAAACAAAUGAUGGAAGUUAAAGAGUACCCCAAAAAAUGGGAAUUUUCUUUGUUUCCUUUUAUCAGUGGAAGGAAGUCAGCCACGGACGACUGUAUGAGUUUGCAUGCGGAUGGAGAUUUCUCAUCAUCUUGUUUUUUGGCGCUGUACUCGGACUUUUUCUCCUCUGUAGCGUUGUGUCGGCAACAAGCACUCGCAAUAAAACCGCCGACCGACAAGUCACACAUCAUGACGAUCAUGCUGUUCUUCAUCCCAGAACCAGGAGGAAUAAGUGUUUGAAUUCUGAACAAUGAGGCCACUAUAUGACAACACAUCACAUCGUAUAUUUAGUGUAUGGACACUGAGACACUAAGUUAAGUUUGUAUCAAAAAAGUUUCAUUUUUUGGUCUAUGAAUUGAAAAAUAUAUAUAUAUAUAUAUAUAUAAAUGUUGCAAUAUUUCUGGGAAAAAUUUAUUCCGAUGACUCCAGGUAUCACAACACUGUCCAUUAUGUUUGAUUAUACAGUUAUUAAUUUAAAUAUGCAAAAUUAUUUCCUUUUGAUUAAAAAUUUUGAACUUUUAGUGUGGUUUCUGUUUAAACUCUGAAGUAGCAAAUUGUCAAUCAUUUUAUUAGGUUUUCCAGUUAAAAUAUUUAAACAAAUCAUAUUUAAAUAGUUAAACAAAAUAAAAAUACUCAAAGCAAAAUUGAGAAUACAGAGAAUAUAUAAUAUGAUGGGGUGGUUUUCCAGACUGGGUUUAGAUUUAAGCUUGGACUAGGCAUAAGUUAUAUUAGGAUAUUUAAGCAGUUUUUACCAAUUUACCUUAUGAAUAAACAUUACUGGUGUGCAUCUAAGAGACAAAACAAUGCCACUGAUAUAUAAAUUAUAAUCCCUUAAAGGGAUAGUUCACCCAAAAAUGAAAGUUUUGUCAUCAUUUACUCUUUGUUCUGAUGAACACAAAGGAAGAUAUUUUGAGAAAUGUUUGUAACCAAACCGCCACGAACGGUUUGGUUACAAACAUUCCCUUUAAAAUAUCUUCCUUCAUCAGAACAAAGAAAUUUAUACAGGUUUGUAACAACAUGAAAGGGAGUAAAUGAUGACAGAAUUAUCCUUUUUGGGUGAACUAUCUCUUUAAAUCUUGCUGUCCCAUGAGCGGGACAACCGAGUUUAAUUUAAUAUUUUUUCAUGUAAAUUUUAAUCUUUUACGAAAAACUAUAUAUUUUUGGAAAGGUCUAUGAAUGUAGCUUUCAUAUUUCUACAUUUUAGCAGUAAUAUUAAUGUAGUGACAGUAAUUUAGUAAUUUGUGACAAGAGUAUGCAGCAAACCAUUGACACCUAGUGGCUGUUGUUGGUAAAACCAGUAAAAGUGUGAUACAAACCUCAUUUUUUGAUGAUAAUUUGAUGCAUAAAAUAUUUUCACCUCCACACACUUUGUGCAAAACUUUAAAGUGUCUUCUUUAAAACAAGACCAAGAUUGGGCUUCUAGACAAAAAAGUUUUAUUAAUUUGAAGGUGUACAUCACAUUUUUGACCCCUCCCACACACUCAAAAAGGGCUGUACCAUUUAAGGGGUUAAGUUAUGUCAAUAAUGCAAGCUGUUUUUAAUGUGCAUUUUAUUCUAAGACUAGACUUAAACCUUGUCUGGGCAACCACGCCAUUAAGUUUACUUUUCUUAAUCCAAUAGCAAAUACUUUGUUUUUAGGCAUACAAAACUUUUGUCAGAUAUGCUUAAAAAAAAUGAAUUCUAAAUAUAUUUGCUAUUUUAUAUUGUUUAAAUAAUGUUUAAGUAUUUUAAUGUAUAUGGGACAAACUUACAAAUAGUUUUUACUAUACUAGCACACUCAUGUAGGGUCUUAUGCUUAAUGGUUGAGUCCACAUGAGAGAGUCUGCAAAGUAAAGUUCAGUUUCAGCUACCUCACCUUCAGCCGUGGCCUGAUAAAACCUCUGAGCGGCUCAAUGAGCUCCCUGUGUGAGCCGAGGCUUCAAAUACCUCAUGAUCGCUGCUGAACGUCUGAAACUGAUCAGGCUUGGCUCAGUCGUCUCAUGGAAGAGGACCGAUCCGAUCCGAUGUCAAGUAUUGGCAUUGGUUUCUUAAUGAUUACAGGGAUGGGGAAAGCUGACCCUAGAUCUGAUUGGUUGUCAUAUUCGAAGAUGAUUUUGAUGUGAUGUUUACAUAAAUUAAAGACGAUCACCGUUGCCAUCAUGCAGUAUAACGUCAGUGAAGAUGUUAAUCGAGGGUCGAUGCCAAAUUUAAUUUGCAUUGCGUUGUUUUAUUAUGUUUUAAUUCUUGCGUAAAUUGACCACUUGAAUUCAAUGCAACAGUUUGUGUAGUACAUCUAGUGUUUUACCAUGUUUAAAAUGACUAAGUUUUUAAGAAUCCAGUCCAAAAAAAUAUGGGGUCUCAUUUAUAAAGCGUGCGUACGCACAGAUUUGAUCGUAAAGUGUAAUACGCAAAAAUACACGGUCUUUGAAGUGGAGUAGCGCUUAGCUCAGGGUAUGAGCAGAUGUACGCACUUUUGUUUAUCCGAUUGCUGCAGGUUUUUGGAUAUAUAAGUCUUUUUUGCUACUCAUAAAGGAUUUAAAAUAUAAUAGGUGCUUUAUUAUUUGUCAAUGACAUUUAUUAAGCAUCGUUUAAAUUUGGAGAUUUGAAACUGUUUAGCUGUUAGCGUAUGCACUUUUAAGAAAUUAUUGUGGGCCGGUUUCUACGCAGCAUUUUCUAAAUGAGGCCCAAGAUCUGGACGAUGCAUAAUAAAUUAAAGGUCCAGUGUGUAGAUUUUUAGCGUCAUCUAGUGGUAAGACUGUUAAUUGCAACCAACGGCUCAGUCCACAACUGACCCCUCCUUUUCGAAAAGCAUAGAAAAGCUAGAGUAGCUGCCCAGGAUAAACAUGUCGCCUGAAACAACGUAGGGACGAAACACUCUGUAGAUCAGUUUGUCCAUUUAGGGCUACUCUAGAAACAUAAAGGCGACUUCCAUGUAAGGGGACCCAACAUUAUCUCACAAGAAUUUGUUCCUUUUUUUACGAGUUGGUUAAUUUGUAUUAAUUCAUACGACCACAUUCAUAAGUUUUGGUACGAUUUGCCUUGACCCCCGUGAUAAUGGGGUUAGGGGUUCGGAUCUGUUAUUGUUUUGUUUUUUUGCAUGAGAAUCGUACAAUUUUGCAUGAUUCAUUUCGUAUGAAUUAGCCAACUCAUUAAAUAUGUAAGAUUUCUCGUAAGAUCAGGUUGGGGGACCCGCGGCGAAUGUAGAUAAAAAUGUCUCAUUCUAAUGUAAUAAAAGCAAAACAGUUCAUUACGUUAAGUCUUUAUACACCACUGAUGAUAGUUAUGUAUCUCAUAUUGCAUUUCUCUCAAGAGAUCCUUCUUAUGGUGCGUUUACACCAACCGCGUUUUAGGUGUCAAAAUCGCGUCUACCGGCCUAGUUUGCCGCUUGAACAGUUUGAAUGAAUUUGUGCGUCUAGAGCGAAGUAGACGCGCGGAAAAGCAAACAUUGGACGCGCGUCAGAGGCAAAAUCCGUUUUUUGUGGGAGGGGCAAGUGCUAUGCGGUGCUAUGAUCGGUUAACGUGGCGCGAAAUUCCGCCAAAGUUCACAUUUUUCAACUCGUGAACCGCAAAAUGCACAAUUCGUGCGUACCACGCACAACGCUCAAUUUUCGCGAGCUAGACACGCGAAUGAGGCGGAAACGCGUCUUCCGCGCCAAACGCCUCUUCCGCGCCGCGGGACCUCCAGACACGCGUCAACGCGUCUUCACAUUGACUUAACAUUGAAAUCACUCAAGCUUCACGCCUCUACCGCGGUUGGUGUAAACGCAGCAUAAAAGUUACAAACUGCACUUUAAUAUGUGAAUCAUCUGUGAAACCAUUUUGGGUAAAUGUAUGACACUUUUUUCUAAACAGAAGCUGAACAAAUUUAUGUUAAAUGGUAAAUUGUCACAAUGAAUUCAUUCUUUAGCAUGUAUUUCAGUUUAAUUGGACAAUUAAUUUACACGUAUUCGUUCUGCUUAGUAGUUCUUAAGGAUUUCAAAUUAAAAAUGGCAUCUACUCACACCGAGAUCCAUUAAGAAUGUCAUUAUCAUUUAAUCCUUUACAUGGCAACCCAACAAAUCAGCUUUUUGGCCCUGGAAAGCUCGGAAGUGUUUGGAAAACUUCAAUACAUUGAUAUUGCAGAUGGUUGUUUUGUAUUCCAUCACAUCUGGUGUAUAAAGAAACUCGGCCCGUUGUUCAUUUAGGAAGUCAUUUUCCACCAUGAGGAUUUAGGUGUCACACAUCCCAAUGUCUUGGCUUGAGACUUGAAUGGCAUCCAUUUUAUUCAGCUGUAAGAAUAGUAGAGCCUGGGCUGAAAUCCCAUGGCAAUGGAGCGAAUACUCUCAAAUGUCUCAAGCACUGACAGGCAGAUGCAACCUUUUGGGGCUUGUGUGAUGUCCUCUGUUUUAUUUCUCGGAGGAUGUGUUUGUUUAGACGGGUCUGUGAUGAACAACAUACAGUGAGUAUUCUGAAGAACAGUCGACUAUUUCCAUCAUCGGAAAACCUUUUAUAUCAGUUUCUCUAAUGUGCUUUCUGUUCUUUUCCCCUUGUUGAGAUUUGUAUUUAUAUAUGUAUGAUCUAAAACCAUUUUGGAGGUCAUUGUGUUUUAUGGUCAAAAUAAACGUUUUAAUGACU